AUGGUCUUCGAGCUUCCGCCCAUCGAGGUUGCGUCCAUACAGUCUGCCGUCUUGGCCGCAACCUCCAAUCUGUUGGCCCAGGUCAUUACUUCUUUUCGCCACGAGACACCGCUGGUUAUUGAUUGGGUUCCAAUCUUUCAGUUCUUUGUCUUCAACUAUCUAAACACACAUCCAAACGUGCUAUGGCAAGAAUUCCUAGAGUCGACCUGGCCAGCGUACCACGCAGCGCCAACUGCCGAGGCCGUGGCGUCGGCUUCCAAGGGCGACGACAAGGAACUGGAAAAGGAAGAGCAGGAGGGCAAGCUGGUGGAGCCCAAGCUCAACCUGCGCAACACGGCCAUGAAGAUGCUGCUGGACCAGACUGUCGGUGCCGCCUUCAACACGGUCGUCUUUAGCCUCUUUAUCCACGGUGUGCAGCAGGCCAUGCCGCGUCCGCUCGGCGCCCCCCUCAGCACCCCCGAUCAGAGUGUCAACUACCUGCUCGCUCUCGCCACGGGCGGUGUCAAGACUAGUCCUGUCAACUGGGAUAGCAUUCAGGCCAAGAUUGCUGCCGAGUUCUGGCCCAUGAUCUUUGCUGGUCUAAAGUUGUGGCCCCUUGUCAGUUUUAUCAAUUUUGCAUUUGUAAAGAGCAUUACUGGUCGCAAUCUGCUGGGUAGCUUGGCUGGUGUUGGCUGGAAUAUCUACUUGAGCUUGGUCGCCAGCCAGUGA